UUCAUAAUGAAAACGAAGAUAAUUAUAUAUAUUUGCAUUUGGGCAACCGCAUGGGCCAUUCCGGUCCCUCAGUUAGGACCGCUGGAAAGAGACAUUGUUGAAAAAUCUGCCGACGUACCCUUUCUAGCACAUCCAGGAACCGCAGCACAGAAUGAGUUGCAUAUCAACAACGCCACUAACAACAGCGACGAUUCCCCAAAGGGCAGUGAGCUAGGAAGGCAGGUACACACUAAUGGGGGUUACGAAAGAGACGGGAAUGGCUCCGAGUCGAUAGCCGUAGGAGGGAAGGGUUCUCCUACUCAGCCCAUUUUAGCAAACGCACAGGGGAACAGUGCUAAAGAACGCGAGGACGUAGAAACAUACGGUCACGAUGGGAUACACGCAGGGGGAGAGAACAGUACAGCAAACGGCAUCAGGGGCCAAGUAGGCAUCGCUGAAAAUGCCGAGGAAGCAAAGGAGAGUAAGGUACACGAGCAGCCUCAUCAGGAUACAAAAACUGGCCUUGCUAGUGACACGAGCCAGAAUGGAGACGCCACCCUUGUCCAGGAAAAUGAGCCUCAGGUAGCCGGAAGCAAGAAUAGCACAAACCAUGAGGUUGGAACACACGGGAGUGGGGUUGCUGCACAGGAAACGACGCCUCAGAGAGAAGGGGAGGGGAGUGAGAACCAGGGGGCUGAGGUGACACCAAGCAUUAGGGAAGGUGCUGGUUUGGAUAAUACUGAAGGGAGUCCUAGCGGGAACGGGAUAGAGGAGGAGGAAGACACGGGUUCUGGUGAUGGUGUGGGUGCAGACGCAGGAGAGGGAAGGGAGAGUCACGAUGGCACGGAGGGCCAGGAGGGCCAGUCUAGUGGGGGAAACAAUGACAACAGAGGUCAGGGUUCAGUUAGUACUGAAGACGAUGACUCUAAAGAACAAGAAGGCUCCCCAAAUGGACGUGGUGGGGACAACACCUCCAGCAGUGAGGAAACCGGUAUUGAAGAAGGCGAUGGCACCCAAACAACACAGGACAACCAGAAUCUCAGUCCCGCAGAGGGUGGGAUUAUCAGCCAGGCGGAAGCAUGUCCUUCUGGGCAGAGCCAAAAUCAGGGAUUAGAAACCGAAGGUUCCAGCACAGGCAACAAAAGUAAUAUUACCAAAGAAUCUGGGAAGCUCAGUGGAAGUAAAGACAGCAACGGGCACCAUGGAAUGGAGCUGGGCAAAAGGAAUAGCUCAAAGCAAGGGGAGUCUGACAAGCCCCAAGGGGCUGCCGAGAAGUCAGACACCCACAACAACAUGGGACACAGCAGGAUAGGCAGCAGCAGCAAUAGUGACGGGCAUGACAGUUAUGAUUUUGAUGAUGAGUCCAUGCAAGGAGACGAUCCCAACAGCAGUGACGAGUCUAACGGAAGUGACGGAAGUGAUGAUGCUAACUCCGAAAGCACCAAUGAGAAUGGCAACCAUGGAGAUGCUUCUUACACCUCUGAUGAAUCAAGCGAUAAUGGUGACGACAGUGACUCACAUGCUGGAGAGGAUGACAGCAGUGAUGACACAUCUGAUACCGAUGACAGUGACAGUAACGGUGAUGAUGACAGUGAGAGUGAGGACAAGGACGAAUCAGACAACAGUAACCACGACAAUGACAGUGACAGUGAGAGCAAAUCAGACAGCAGCGACAGUGACAGCAGUGACAGCAGUGACAGCAGUGACAGCAGUGACAGCAGUGACAGCAGUGACAGCAGUGACAGCAGCGACAGCAGUGACAGCAGUGACAGUAGCGACAGUAGCGACAGUAGUGACAGCAGUGACAGCAGUGACAGUAGUGACAGUACUGACAGCAGUGACAGCAGCGACAGCAGUGACAGUAGCGACAGCAGUGAAAGCAGUGACAGUAGCGACAGUAGUGACAGCAGUGACAGCAGCGAAAGUAGCGAAAGCAGUGAAAGCAGUGACAGUAGUGACAGCAGUGACAGCAGUGACAGUAGCGACAGCAGUGACAGCAGUGACAGCAGCGAAAGCAGUGAUAGUAGUGACAGUAGUGACAGCAGUGACAGCAGUAACAGUAGUGACAGCAAUGACAGUAGCGACAGCAGCGACAGUGACAGCAGUGACAGCAGUGACAGUAGUGACAGCAGUGACAGAAGUGACAGCAGCGACAGUAGUGACAGCAGUGACAGCAGCGACAGUAGCGACAGCAGUGACAGCAGCGACAGUAGUGACAGCAGUGACAGCAGUGACAGCAGUGACAGCAGUGACAGCAGCGACAGCAGUGACAGCAGCGACAGUAGUGACAGUAGUGACAGCAGCAACAGUGACAGCAGUGACAGUAGCGACAGCAGUGACAGUAGUGACAGCAGCGACAGCAGCGACAGUAGUGAUAGCAGUGACAGUGACAGCAGUGACAGCAGUGACAGUAGUGACAGCAGCAACAGUGACAGCAGUGACAGCAGUGACAGUAGUGACAGCAGUGACAGUAGCGACAGCAGCGACAGUGACAGCAGUGACAGCAGUGACAGCAGUGACAGUAGUGACAGCAGCGACAGCAGUGACAGUAGUGACAGUAGUGACAGCAGUGACAGUAGUGACAGCAGUGACAGCAGCGACAGCAGUGACAGCAGUGACAGCAGCGAUGGUGACAGCAGUGACGGUGACAGCAGCGAUAGUGACAGCAGUGAUAGUGACAGUAGUAACAGCAGUGAUAGUGACAGCAGUGACAGUAGUGACAGCAGCAGCAGUGACAGCAGCGAUAGUGAUAGUGACAGCAAGGACAGCACUUCUGACAGCAGUGAUGACGACAGCAAGUCUGGUAAUGGCAACAGUGACAGCGACAGUGACAGCGACAGUGACAGCGAAGGCAGUGAUAGUAACCACUCAACCAGUGAUGAUUAG